UGUUGUCCAAACACGUGUUUCACUGGGACAAUAGUGAGUGGUGCACACUUCCUUCGCCCAGCCACAGAACAAAAGAAGUCCCAUUUAAGAGUUGCUGGUGUAACAAUAGGAAGAAUAUAUUCCACUCCUCUCUUGUACAUGCGGCUUAUGAGACGUCCAACAGAUGAAUGCUCGUCAAGAAGAACAUGCCCUUCAGCAGCAGGAGGAUCCACGACCCCCUUACAUUAAAGAGGAAGAGGAGGAUCUCUGGGUUACUCAGGAGGGAGAGUGUGUUGUAGGGCAGGAGGAGGAUGAUGUCAUGACUGUUGUCUCUGUGAAGACUGAAGAGCAUGAAGACAAAGCACCUGAGUCCUCACAGCUUCAUCACAGUCCAAACGUCUGUGAAGAACAACUUCUGCCUGACAAACAGGAGAGUAGCUUCAGGAUGUUGAAGGAGGAUCCACCAAAGAGGAAGACCAGACACCACGGACCCUCUGGCAUCUUCUUUUCCUCUUUAACACAGACCCUUCCCUGUAAAAAGGAAGACGAAGACUCACUGACCCCCCACAUUAAAGAGGAAGAGGAAGAACACAGCAUCAGUCAGGAGGGAGAUCAUAUUGAAGGACUGGUGGAGUUCCCAGUGACUGGUGUCCCUGUGAAGAGUGAAGAUGAUGAGGUCAAAGGUGAAAAUGAGGAUAAGAGAGAGGCGGAGCCUCCAAGCAGCAGCUCAACACAACACAUGACAACAGAAGCUGAUGGAGACCACUGUGGAGGAUCACAAGCAGACAAGAUCUUAGCUCCACUAUCAGAUAGUGAGGACACAACGUCACACUCUCCUGACACUGAUGAUGAACACUCUAAACAUGAUGCAACAUGUCACACUGACAACACUCACUUCACAUGUUCUCACUGUGACAAAACCUUUAAAAGCCAUUGGUAUCUGAAAAGACACAUGAGAACACACACUGGAGAAAAACCUUUUAUCUGUUCAAUCUGUGGUAAAGGUUUUUUAGAAAGUCACACAUUGAAAGUACACUUGAGAACACACACUGGUGAAAAACCUUUUUCCUGUGUAACCUGUGGUAAAGGUUUUACACAAAGUCACAAAUUGAAAGUACACAUGACAACACACACUGGUGAAACACCUUUUUCCUGUUUAACCUGUGGUAAAGGAUUUACACAAAGUCAAUGUUUGAAAGAACACAUGAGAACACACACUGGUGAAAAACCUUUUUCUUGUUCAAUCUGUGGCUUAUCUUUUUCAAGGAAGGAACAUUUGAAAGUACACAUGAGAGCACACACUGGUGAAACACCCUUUUCCUGUUUAACCUGUGGUAAAGGUUUUACACAAAGUCAAUAUUUGAAAGUACACAUGAGAAUACACACAGGUGAAAAACCUUUUUCCUGUUCAACCUGUGGUAAAGGUUUUACACAAAGUCAACAUUUGAAAGCACACAUGAGAACACACACUGGUGAAAAACCCUUUUCCUGUUCAAACUGUGGUAAAGGUUUUACACAAAGUAAAUUUUUGAAAGUACACAUGAGAACACACACUGGUGAAAAACCUUUUUCCUGUUCAACCUGUGGUAAAGGUUUUACAGACAGUCGAUAUUUGAAAGUACACAUGAGAACACACACUGAAGAAAAGCCUUUUAUCUGUUCAUUCUGUGAUAAAGGUUUUGUACAAAGUAACAAUUUGAAAGUACACAUGAGAACACACACUGGUGAAAAACCUUUUUCCUGUUCAACCUGCGGUAAAGGUUUUACAGAAAGUCAGAAUUUGAAAAGACACACUAGAACACACACUGGAGAAAAAUCACUUUCCUAAUCAAUCUGCAACAGAAGCUUUUGUGAACGAUCAAAACUUGUAGCACACAUGAGAAGACACCCAGGAGAGAAAGUGUUGAGUUGCAGUGUGUGUGGUGAAAGAUUGUCUUCUAAGUAGCAGUGUAAGAAACACAAGUGUGCUGGUGAGAACAGCAGCAGCAAAUGAAGAUGCAGGAUUUGAAAUAAACUGUCAAGACUUUAAUGUUGACUUUCUAACAACAUCAGCACAUAUAACAUGUGCGACAUUGUUGUUUGUGUAACUAUCGUGUUAACAUGCUUCUACAUUUUUAAAUUAGAUAUUUUAUAUUAGUGCGUUUUUCAGUCAAGUACAUGCAUUAAAGGCCUACUGAAAUGAAAUUUCUUAUUUAAACCGGAAUAGCAGAUCCAUUCUGUGUGUCAUACUUGAUCAUUUUGCGAUAUUGCCAUAUUUUUGCUGAAAGGAUUUAGUAGAGAACAUUGACGAUAAAGUUCGCAACUUUUGGUCGCUGAUAAAAAAAAGCCUUGCCUGUACCGGAAGUAGCGUGACGUCGCAGGUUGAAAGGCUCCUCACAUUUCCCCAUUGUUUACACUAGCAGCGAGAGCGAUUCGGACCGAGAAAGCGACGAUUACCCCAUUAAUUUGAGCCAGGAUGAAAGAUUUGUGGAUGAGGAACGUGAGAGUGAAGGACUAGAGUGCAGUGCAGGACGUAUCUUUUUUCGCUCUGACCGUAGGCUCAUUGGAUUCCACACACUCCUUUUUCUAUUGUGGAUCACAGAUUUGUAUUUUAAACCACCUGGGAUACUAUAUCCUCUUGAAAAUUAGAUUUGAGAACGCAAAAUGGACAUUCACAGUGACUUUUAUCUCCACGACAAUAUAUCGGUGAAGCACUUUAGCUACGGAGCUAACGUGAUAGCAUCAUGCUUAGCUGCAUAUAGAAACAGACGAAAUAAGCCCCUGACUGGAAGGAUAGACAGAAGAUCAACAAUACUACCAAACACUGGACCUGUAACCACACGGUUAAUACUGUACUGCCUGGCGAAGCCUAGCAAUGCUGUUGCUAACGACGCCAUUGAAGCUAACUUAGCUACGGGACCUGGACAGAGCUAUGCUAAAAACAUUAGCUCACCACCUAUGCCAGCCCUCAUCUGCUCAUCAACACCCGUGCUCACCUGCGUUCCAGCGAUCGACGGCGCAACGAAGGACUUCACCCGAUCAUCGAUGCGG